GGUUUACAGAUGGGAGAGAUUUGGUGUCCGAUUCAGCGUAAAGGGGCGGGACAGGUAAAGGCGUCGGUUGCACGUGUGCAAGUUCCGUUUCACACGUGUGAGUGUACUUCCUUCUGAUUGGCUGUGCCGGUGCCCCCUUCUCAAUUCCCAUCUCUACAGUUCCACUCCCACUCACUCAUACUCUCUUGUCUCUGAGGAAUCUCUUGCGACUACCAGCAAACUCUCGGCGAAUUUUGUUUUCUUUAGCGUCACAUUCACCGCUUCAUCUGCAUUUACGCCUGCUGGAUCUUGGAUCCGUUUGCAGGCGUAAUUUUCCUCGCGGCAGCUUGUUGUUACCAGAUUACCAUAUGUUCAAGAAAACCAGUACAGUAUUUGAUAUCUCAGAUGGUUUGUUGUAAUUGUAUUAUGCUCGAUUGGUGCCACCAUGGGCUUCGAUAUGGUAAAAUCGCAAUGGCUACCGAUUCUUCACCUCAUACCCCUUUGCAUUAUAAUGAGCAGAAGCAGUGGUAUCAGUUCCGAUGGUGAGGCACUUUUGAGCUUCAGAGCAGCAAUUCUCGAUUCUGAUGGUGUUCUUCUUCAAUGGAAACCAGAGGAACCCCAUCCUUGUAACUGGAAAGGGGUAAAGUGUGAUCCAAAAACCAAGAGAGUGAUAUACCUGAGUCUUCCUUAUCACAGACUUAGUGGAUCUUUGUCCCGUGAACUUGGAAAGCUUGACCACCUAAAAGUUUUAGCUCUACAUGACAACAACUUCUAUGGGACAAUUCCAUCAGAAUUAGGGAAUUGCUCACAGUUGCAGGGAGUGUUCCUGCAGGGUAAUUACUUUAGUGGGUUCAUUCCCAAUGAAUUGGGGAAUCUCUCGGCACUGAAAAAUUUAGACAUUUCAAGUAAUUCACUCGGUGGAAAUAUCCCCAUCUCCCUUGGGAAGUUGAGCAAGCUUAGUACUCUAAAUGUGUCUGCCAAUUUUCUGGUUGGAUCAAUACCGUAUGUUGGCGUGCUAAUCAACUUCUCAGAAAGCUCAUUUAUUGGAAACCGUGGCUUAUGUGGGAAGCAAAUAAAUGUUAUGUGCAACGAUGAUAAAGAGGGACCUGGAACAAAUGAGUCACCAUUCUCAGUGCAAAAUCAAAUUGGGAGGAGGAAGUACUCUGGCCGACUACUUAUAAGUGCUUCGGCAACUGUGGGUGCUUUACUGCUGGUUGCCCUCAUGUGUUUCUGGGGUUGCUUUCUAUAUAAAAAGUUCGGCAAAAACGACAGUAAAGGGCUUGUGUUGGACGUUUGUGGAGGUGCUUCGGUCGUAAUGUUUCACGGAGACUUGCCAUACUCAUCCAAAGAUAUUAUUAAGAAAUUUGAGACAUUGAAUGAAGAACACAUAAUCGGUUGUGGGGGCUUCGGAACAGUGUACAAGCUUGCAAUGGAUGAUGGCAAUGUUUUUGCCUUGAAAAGAAUUGUAAAAUUGAAUGAUGGAUUUGAUUGUUUUUUCGAGAGAGAGCUCGAAAUCCUUGGAAGCAUGAAGCACAGGUACCUUGUGAAUUUGCGAGGAUACUGCAAUUCUCCUACAUCAAAGCUAUUGAUUUAUGAUUUCCUUCCUGGAGGCAGCCUUGAUGAGGCACUACACGGUGUAUCUGAGCAACUAGACUGGGAUGCCCGCUUGAAUAUUAUCAUGGGGGCUGCAAAGGGACUUGCAUACUUGCAUCAUGAUUGCUCUCCACGGAUCAUUCACCGAGAUAUAAAAUCAAGCAACAUUUUACUUGAUGCUAAUUUGGAGGCUCGAGUUUCUGAUUUUGGACUUGCAAAACUUUUAGAGGAUGAAGAAUCACAUAUCACGACUAUUGUUGCAGGAACACUCGGUUAUCUGGCUCCUGAGUAUAUGCAAAGUGGUAGAGCUACAGAGAAGACCGAUGUAUACAGUUUUGGAGUAUUGGUACUGGAAGUGUUGAGUGGCAAGCGUCCCACCGAUGCAUCGUAUAUAGAAAAGGGCCUAAAUAUUGUUGGUUGGUUAAACUUUCUGGUCACGGAGAAUCGACAACGAGAAAUCGUCGAUGUACAGUGUGAGGGCAUCCAAACAGAAGGCCUCGACGCAUUGCUUUCGGUUGCAAUCCAAUGUGUUUCGUCAAGUCCAGAGGAUCGACCAACCAUGCACAGGGUGGUCCAGUUACUGGAACCUGAGGUUAUGACUCCAUGCCCAAGCGAUUUCUACGAUACCGAUUAAGCCGUGUAGAGAGACGACAGCCAUGGCUCGCCUCAGACAGGCCUAUCAUCUUCAAGAUCCAACUCUUCAAUCUGAUUUCUUUCUGAAAAUUAACGAGCCAGUACACUAUCGGAUACGCCUUGUGCAGCUGAUGGGGUUUUUGAGCUCUCAUAUGCUAUUUUCCUAAAACCAACCGGCAACCGAUUUUGCGAGGGUGGGUCGGAUCUUCUAUUCCCCAUGUAAAUGAAGUUCCACGUGUCAGCAGCCUAUUUGUUCAUCAUCUCUCCCAAGUUCUCUCUCUAUCAUUCGAUUCACUUUGUAAUUUUACCGUAGCUUGCCCCUCUAAAUUAAAGUGUACAUGAACGAUUGUAUAAAUUUCAAUGGAUCGCUUUCAGCCAAUGAUAUUUUUUGUAAAUUUAUAUAUAUGUAUUAGAAUAAAUUUCAUGUAAAAA